GUACGGGGUUAUGAGUGGAAUUUCUCCUGUAGAUACACAACGACAAGCAGAAGAGAGCCAGUGAAUACAAACCACAGCAUCAUCCCUAUUAAAACAAAGUUACGGAAAUUCCAGUAAGUGUGAUUUAUGGUGACGUGGAAGCAGUAACAGCGUGGUCACUCCAUAUUUCACCAUUGAGAGAUAGCGUGGUCACUUAAAUCGUAUCAACAACGGUCAAUCAAAUUUUAACCUAAUCCACGAGAAUUCUGACUAGAUUGAUGUAGAAUGUAAUGACAUAUUUUGAGAACUCUUGUUAUUGAGAGAGUAUUUUGGAAAUUUUAGAGAAGAUUUUGGGAACUGAUAUUUCGACCAAACUCACUGGAAGUUUAAGGUUACAUUCUGAAAGUUUCUCUUGAUCUAUUGCAGACUUAAACAGUCUUGUGAAUUUCUACUCUAACCUGAUAGUUUGGAAGCAUCAAAGCACAUUUUAUAAACGGCUGUUGAGGUUGGGUUUAUAAGAAAUGUAGAAAUAGUUUUUGACAACUGAAAAUCUAGGUUUAGAAGAAAAUACUACUGUUCUGAACAAAUCCGUGAGAGGUUCUAGAUCGAACUGUGUGGCAAAACUCUGUAAGCAACAAGAAAGAAUAUUCAGAAAUUUACUGUUACUGUGGCCUGUUGUUCUACCUGAAUCAUAUCCUAGAAAACCUAAAUAAUACAACUGUAAUUUUACAUCCACUGAAUAAUUACGUCGUGAUGUUUGUUUUCGUUUUAGAAGACUAAACACUGAUUACUUCGGUAAAGCUUCAUACUAUACUAAACAUUUAGCUUUACAAGAAGCUGAACACUUCUAAUAUGGAACAGUUGGCAGAAUUUGUGUCCAAAUCAUUUACCACUGGUGAUCGCCCGACUUUGACUACGUCUCUUCCUCAUCCAUGUUUAGCCCCUGUCCACCCUUUUUCAAGUCAUCUCUCUCUGCAUCCCCCUGGUCCAAGAGGACUGAACAGUGUGGUGGAUAGACUAAUGCUCCCCCAUUUGUUUCCCCCAGGGUUUCCUAAUCCUCCGCUCUUACCACCAUUGACCACAACAGCAAUGGUUAGUCCGGCAGUCAGUAGCCGUAGUUGUGGUGAUGAUGAAGAUUCUCGAAAUAGAAAAGAAUCUCCUUCUUCGGCUAGAUCAACUCCAUCCUCACCAUCAGAGAGAAAAAUUGACAAGAAACCAUCAGUAUCAAGUGACAAAGAAGCUAAGAAAACAUCUGAUGAACACGAAGAACAGUCUGAAGAUGACAGCAAUCCUAAUUUAUCAGAAGAAAACAUUAAGCCAGAAGAGAAACAAGAAAUUGACAAUAACAAAUCCAACGCCCAGUCACCGGCGCCUUCUGUGGAUACCACUAACUCCCAUUCCUCCAAGACCGCUAAACAGCGCCGUUCCAGAACCAACUUCACCUUGGAGCAGCUGAAUGAAUUGGAAAGACUAUUUGAUGAAACUCACUACCCUGAUGCUUUCAUGAGGGAAGAGUUGUCCCAGCGGUUAGGGCUCUCAGAAGCUCGCGUUCAGGUUUGGUUUCAAAACAGAAGAGCCAAGUGCCGUAAGCACGAGAGCCAAGUGCAGAAAAAUUUACUGAUGGCAGCUAGUACACCUAUCGAGUCUUCUCGGAUUGCACCCUAUAUUAACGUCAGCAGCACGCCACCUAGGCUGCCACAAGAACGCUACUUGGUGCCAACUACUCAUUAUCUGCCUUACGCAGAUCCUGCCUUUUUAGCAGCUGCUCAUCAGUAUUCGGUAGCCGCUGCUGCUGCAGCGCAGGUUGCACAUGGCACACACCCCCAUCCAAGUUUCUUCUUCUAUCCCUCUCCCACCCACCCCUUUAGUCUAUCAGCUCUCAUGGCUGCCGACAGGUUGAGCAACAAAAACACAAGUAUUGCAGAUCUCAGGUUAAAAGCACAGAAACACGCGGCUGCUCUAGGUCUUUAAGCUCUCGUUAUUCGUGCCAAAAGAUAAACUUCCCAGUUUACUAUAAUGUGAGAUGGAUUAGCAAUAAUUGGUCAAAAUAAGUAACCUAUUGAAAGAAUUCACAACGUAUGCUACUGAUCACCAUGAACUGCAUAUGGACGUAAGACAUAAAGUAAACUUUGGGUAAAGAAAUAAUUACUACAAACCAGCGUAAUAUAAAGUUUGUUUUGCUUCUAUGGUCUGCAUGGGAAAUGUAGAUUCUCAAGAAUUCUACAUGCUGUCAAAAGUGCUUAACCUACAUAAAUAAUAAUGAAAAUAAAAGAAUGUUCACAUAUGUUACACUUUUUGAUUUCAAAUUUGACAGUUUGUAUCUAUAAGCACACCUUUGAAACGAAAUACCUGUGAUUUCAUAUGAUCAUACUAUACUAAAGUUAAAUGGUAUAUAUAAUAUUGUAAAGCCUUUCCUUUGUUUGCUAUGUAGUACAUUUCUCCCCUAUUACGAGCCUUCACAUUUCCCAGUAAUGUUGUACUGUACAUGUUGUUAUUUUCUGUAUAGAUUAGUAGAAUAGUCAUACCGGUGUCAGAUUAUGUUUUCGUCAACUUUAGCAUGCUAAUAAAAUAUUCUUACAUUUCUUCUAACUAGUGCCAAAUUAUGUUCUCGUUAACAAUAACAUGCAAGCAAAGAAUUCUUACAAUUCUUGUAACUAGUGUCAAGUUAUUUUAUUGUCAACAAUAACAUGCUAAUAAAAAAUAUUACAAUUCUUGUAAAUAGUGUCAAAUUAUCUCCUCGUCAACAUUAAAUUGCAAGUAAAUAAUUCUUACAAUACUUGUAACUAGUGUCACAUUGUGUUAUUGUUAAUAAUAACAUGCUAAUAACAAAUUCUUACAUUUUUUGUAAAUAGUAACAAAUUAUGUUUCCGUCUACGUUAACCUGCUAAGCAAUUUUUAUAAUUCUUGUAAAUAGUGUCAGAUUAUGUCCUCAUCAAGAAUAAUAUGCUAAUAAAGAAUUCUUAAUUUUUUUAAACUAGUGACAUAUUAAGCCCCUGUAAA